UUCCUUCUUUCCUCUUUUCAAGAGAAGAACAAGACGAAGAGGUAGAAGGACAAUGUCGAGCACACGGAGACCGAAAUGGCAUCCUCCGCCGCCUCCUAGCCCUAGAAUCCUCCACCUACCCAGAAGAACUCGCCGGAGAGCUACCACCAGACAACUCAAAGGAAAAUCGAUCAGCAUUAAGGAAUCGGAUUCUCGCCUUAACAAGUAUGGAACACUUGAAAAUCUGCUUGAUCAAGAGCGAACUUUCUAUCCCACUGUUCCUGUUGUUAUCUUGAACACUGGAGAUCGUGAGACGAGAGAAAGAGUUGAUGACUUCGAGUAUACAGAGAGGAUGGAUAACCGGAGAUGCAGUAGGGACUUCGAAGACGAGAAGUGGAAGUUACAGGCAGAGAUUCUUCGAGCAGAGUGUAAUUUUCUGAGAAUGGAAAGAGAGGUUGCGAUGAAGAAGCUGGAGAAGAAUCGCGUUCAGAUGGAGCAUACUCUUCGAUCUGCAGUAGAAUCAUUGAUCUCUGGGAAAAAGAAGAUGUAUGAAGGAAAAAGCGUCGGUGUUAUGUUGGAAGAGGAAAUCAAAGAUCUGAAGGAGAAACUGGAAGAGCUCCAGAGAAGCUCGUGCAUUAAGGAUUUCGAGUUCCGCAAGUGUACUAACUUCGAUAAGCAAACAGCAGUUCUUCAAAGACGAUUAGAAAAACUAGACGGAAUAUCGGAGGAAGAAUGCGUGAAGGAGAUUCGAGAAAUGGCAGAAGCCAGUUUGACGAUCAGUAAGAAUUAUAGGAUCGAGGAGUGCUUCGUUUCAGAUAGAAAGUCUCGGUUCGCAGACGUGGAGAAUCUGAGGAGGAAGAUGGAAGUAUUGUCGAAGGGGAUGCUGGAGAGGAUGGAGGAGGAGUACAGGUCGAUUCUCUCGACAACCACAACCGCAACUGCGAGUGCUAGUAGCUCGGCUGCCAGCUCUGCUUCUACUUCCAGGCGCAUCGAAUUUCCUGAUUCGUCUUCUUCUUCUUCUUCCAUUACGCGACAACAGUUUCCUCAGGAGACGAUGUUUGGAGAGGAGAAGGGGUGUACCGGGCGUUGCCGAGCAAUCGUUCGGAAGAUAGUGGAGCAAGUCAGGGCCGAGACAGAGCAAUGGUCUGAGAUGCAAGAGAUGCUGGGACAAGUUAGGGAAGAGAUGGAGGAGCUUCGGGCUUCUCGGGAUUUUUGGGAAGAUCGAGCAUUGUCUUCUGAUGAACGCAUUCAUUCCCUCCAAUCCGCUGUGCACGAGUGGAGACAUAAGGCUAAGUCCGCCGAGACAAAGGUGGCAGAGCUACAGAAACAGAUAUGCGAUCUCAGUGCUGAGCUCGAAAGAUUAAAGACUGAACAGAAGGUGGAGCCACCUAAGAUCAAAGGUUUACCGCCAUUGCCUCUGUUGAUACAGAUGGAGAGGGAGAGGGAGAGAGAGAGGGGGAGAGAGAGAGAGAGGGAGAAGGAGAGGGAGAGGGAAAAGGAGAAGGAGAAGCGAGUGUUGAUAUGCCGAUUGAAGGAGAAUCAUCAGAAUGGCUGCAAUGUCAAUAAGCAGAACGAAGGCCUGGAUGAAAUCCAACGAAGAGGGAGAGUUUGCAGUGGUGGGUUUAUUGCUGCAAAGCGGCCUCCUCUUCGAGAUAUAGGGAAUUCUUCACCCGUUUUGAGGCAAAAUAGUAAAGCAGUGUUUCCUUUGUAUUCCCCCGAAUCUUUGCCUUCAGAGAAAGACUUUGAACUGCUAAGGAUUAAAGAGUAGGAAACAUGCUGCUAGCAUGCUGGCUAGCCUAUAAUCUCUUUUAAGCAAAGAGAAUUUGUUUUUUUUUUUUUUUUUCUUUCUUUUUUUCUUUUGUUGUUUUUUGAAGUCGUAUUAAAUGUAAUAUCUCUUUUGAUGAAGAAUCCGCGUAGAAUUCAACCAUUCAAGAGAAGACUAUACUUGCGCUCA